UAAAUAAUGUCAGACCAUUUUGAAUUUGAUUUCUCUGAAGAUACAGACAUGGAUCACCCCGGAAGAAUAAAUAUCCAAAGUGAAGGCAACCCUUUUGGCCAAGAAAAUGUAUAUUACUCUGGAGCUGAGAAAGCUAGCAGAGAUAUGCAGCAAAUUGAAGAAGUCGAUGAAGCUACUGCAAAGCAUACAACUAACUCACAAAGGACGGAAGAAGGAAAUCGGUAUGGGAAAAGAACAAAUAUGGGAAAUAAACCUAAAAUUGGCUUUAAGUCUAGCCUAAAUGAGUAUAACCCUAAAAACCUUAAUGAGCCGAAAGCAGGAAAAAUUGCUAGCUCAAGAUUUGCAGCUCGGCAUAGCUCUCAUGCCAAGACUAAACCUGCUAAUCAAAGUUUCGGAGUGAACCAGAAGAGUACAAAUAUGAACCAAGAGGAUAUAAUUGCUGAAAUCACUGAACUUAAGAAAUCAAAUCGGCAGGAUUUAGAUGAAAUCAAAUAAAUUGAAAUCAGAACAGCUUAAAAUUGAAAACCUAUACCGCCGUUAUAAAGAACAAGAGAAUGAUGUGUUCACUGCAGAACGGAUCCUCACUCAAAACGAUGAGGUUAGAGCAUUCAAUAAGGCAAAUUUAAUGGUUGAAGCUGACAAAGUAAAGAAAAUGCUCAUGAAUAAGAUCAAAGCAGGACGAGCUAAAAGCUCAUUCAUGGCUAAGAGAACGAAAAUAAAUUAUAAGGUACCAGCAAAAACUUCCAAACAUGAUAACCUGGUAUGAAGGAGCUGCAAGAUGAUGAUGAAUAAUAAAACUUAUAAUGAGAAAAUGAUAGCUGGAGCUCCUGAAGAUGGUGUCAACAAGACCAUUGUAAGGAUCCAACUAAAGAAGCUGAAAGAACUAAAAUCAACUCUUGAAGGUGACCUUAAGAGCAAGGAGUCCGAACUAGAGAGGCUAAAGCAAAAUAAUACAUCAGAGACCGAAAAAUCUGUGGAGAAAGAACUUAAAAAGUCAUUAAAUAUUCUUAAAGGUCUCAAAAAGAAGUUAGUCAAGCUAAAGCAAGAGAAUGGGUCUGCUUAUGACCAAGAGAUUGAUCCUGUGCUCAAAGCUAUAGACAAGGAGCUAAAUAAGAACCGAAAAUGGAAGAAUACAGAAGGAUCAACUCAUAAAGAUCACGAGAAAGAUGAAGAAAUCAAAUCAAAGGUUCAGAAUGAACCUUUGAAAACUAAAGAAUCCAAAGCUCCUCCUCCUCAAGAGGUUGAGCACUCUAAUACAGUUGAGGAAGAGAAAGAGCUAAAACAGAAGCUCCAAGAAUUAGAGAAAGAACUCGAUCUCACAGAUGAAGAAUUUGAGAAUCGUCUUAUUGAAAGACUAAAGAAAGAAAUCAAGACUAGUAAGACUAAAAUAGAAAAAGGCUUGAAGAAGGAAUAUAUCACUAAACAAAAGGAGGUCCACAAAACCAAGAACGAUGAAAUUGAAAGACUUAAGAAGGAAAAUGACGAGCUUACGAGCUCUAUCUCCAGGCUCAAAAUAUUGAUGUCAUAGGUACAAAUUUGCG